AUGUUUGACACGGUCUGCACACUUCCGCUGUCUGCGGACUUAUUCGCGCAGGCCCUUCAUCCCAGAGAGCCAGUUGUCUCGGUCGGACUCUCGACCGGCCAUGUGCAAACUUUUCGACUUCCGUCGGACGAGGUCAACAGUGACGACGACGAUGUCGCGUCGAACUCGUCGUCGCGGAACGGCAAGGGUCAUAUUGACACCAUGUGGAGGACAAGACGGCACAAGGGCAGCUGUCGAACUUUAGGGUUUGGCAUUGACGGGGAGACGCUGUACUCCGCAGGGACAGACGGCUUGGUGAAAGCUGCAAAGGCGGAGACCGGAGUUGUGGAAAACAAGAUUGCGAUUCCCACAGAGAAAGAUGGCUCCGUCGAUGCUCCAACAGUCGUCCAUGCCCUGUCACCCCAGACUCUUCUUCUCGCUACAGACUCGAGCGCAUUGCAUCUCUAUGACCUUCGCAAACCCUACUCGUCUGUUUCGGCGCGUCCGGAACAAUCACAUCAUCCUCACGACGACUACAUCUCGUCCCUCACUCCCCUACCGGCGUCGGAUACCAGUACAUCAGGCUUCAGCAAGCAAUGGGUUUCGACCGGGGGCACAACAUUGGCCGUGACGGAUCUACGACGCGGAGUCAUGAUGCGCAGUGAAGAUCAGGAGGAAGAACUGAUCAGCUCCACAUACAUUAGCGGGUUGCCAUCCAGCGGAAGCAGCCGUGGUGAAAAGGUCAUUAUCGGUGGUUCUAGCGGAGUGUUAACGCUUUGGGAGAAGGGCGCUUGGGAUGACCAAGACGAGCGGAUUUACGUCGACCGUUCUGGUUCUGAGGGGGAGACCUUGGAAACCAUUAGUGUCGUCCCAGAUGACCUUGGAAAGGGCAAGAUGGUUGCGGUAGGUGUGGGCACCGGUGUAGUCAAGUUCGUCGGCAUUGGUCCCAAUAAGGUUGUCUCGUCCGUCAUACACGAUGAGACUGAAGGCGUUGUGGGGUUGGGAUUUGAUGCUGAGGGUCGCAUGGUCAGCGGUGGUGGCCAGGUGGUGAAAGUCUGGCACGAAGCUCUUAACGCUGAAGAUUCUGGUGAUGUCGAAAUGAUGGGCAGUGACAGCGAAGGUAGCAACGAUGACUCGGAAGAUGACAGUGACCGCGAGAGUCGAUCCGGUGACAAGUCUCGCCGGAAGCGAAAGAAGGCCAAGGGCAAGGACCGCAAGGGAGGACAGCACAUCAUGGCAUUUGAUGGUCUUGAUUGA